GUUGGGAAAAAGGAGGAGAAGGAGACCAGGGAAGAACAGACCUCAGACCAGUCGGUUUCACCUCAACGUCUUCUGUCUAAUCACAGUCUUCGUGGUAAAAUCUGACCUCGGAUCAGCAACGCCAACACUGGGAGAGUGUGGGACUGAAUCCAGAGGAAAUCGUGCUCGUCGGUGGUGGCCAGGUCGACACGAGAAGACUCAUCCACGAGUAGACCACGGCGGCGAGGGAACGGACAAGACGGGAGCGUCUGAAAGGAAAAGCGGAUACGGAGGAGUUUUAACCCCGCAACAGCAGCCAGCAGAGCGAGCUCUGGCUCUCCGCUCCACGCAGGAGUAGUGUGACGUUCUGCUCAUUUCCAACAUUUUCUAUUCUUGGCAGCGGGAGUGAGGAGCUCUCCGAGCCACAUUUAUAAGGAGAGCUAGCGGAAUGUAAUGCUAGCGAGCUGGCUAACGUUAGCUAGCUAAUUAGCCUAUCAGGCAUUCGCGAGUCGGACGCUUGAUUUUAUUAAAAUAGGUCACUGCUUGGCGACAUCUGACUCUGUUAGGGAGAGCCUGCUCUAUUGUUGCUCUUUACGGGUUCCUAGUUCGGCCACAAUGGUCCUGCUGGCUUAGCCAAAGCCAAGUUAAGACAAUAAACAGUGCGAGCUUUUCAUAUUGAUGAAAAUCUGUUCAAUAUUAUCCGCGUUGUGUGGGAAAGCCAUUGUGAAGCAAACGGAAGAAAGGAGGUGAAAACAAGCUGCAGACUUUUGACUUGUGACCGCCUGUCGUCCAAUGUUAAUGUCGACCGACGUUGCAUCUAUAAUGCUACCCGUUAAUCGGGGAAUAAUGGACCGCGAAAGGGACAUUGAUACAGUAGCCGCCGGACCUCAUGCGAGCGCGGCCGCGGGUCCAGCGGUUGUCCGGGGGAUGAAACGGGGAGACCCGGAGCCCGACGCUCAGACUGCCGCUGCUCUGACCGACCUGGCCGGGGCGGAAUGCAAGAGACCACGGAUAGACGGGACCGGGAGCGUGGUCGGAGACAUCGGACAGAACAAUGAGCCCUUAAACCCUGGUUUCCAUGGAUACCCACCUCACAGUCAGGGCUCUCAGGAUUCAGCUGGAGGACAGGAGGGUCUGGUGGCCCCACCCUUCGCAACCUUCCUCCUCCGCCCCUCCUCAAAACGGGCUCCCGGGACAGAGUUUUGGCCCCGGGGGCUAUGUUCGGUGCUGGGGGGCCCAGGCGCAGCAGAGGUAGGGGUUGGUGCUAACGGAAUCGCCGCCACAAGCAGCAACAAUGUAAAGCUGGACGAGGCCGCUCAGGGUGAGGUGGGAGCUCAGUGUGUUGCAGGAGGAGCAGGAGCUGGAGGCUCUGCAGCAGAGUCCACGGAGGCGAAGGGCACCCCCAAACGCCUCCACGUCUCAAACAUCCCCUUCCGCUUUCGGGACCCAGACCUCAGGCAGAUGUUUGGGCAAUAUGGGAAGAUUCUGGAUGUUGAGAUCAUAUUCAACGAGAGGGGGUCAAAGGGUUUCGGCUUCGUGACAUUUGAAACCAGCGCCGAUGCGGAGAAAGCCAGGGAAAAGCUCCACGGCACUCUGGUGGAAGGUCGUAAGAUUGAGGUGAAUAACGCCACCGCCAGGGUGAUGACUAACAAGAAAAUGGUCAGCCCCUACCCUAAUGGAGAGGCUCUCAGCACGCUGCCCUAUGCAGGGUGGAAACUGAGUCCCAUGGUGGGGGCCGUGUAUGGACCAGAGCUCUACGCAGUGCCAGGGUUUCCCUACCCGACAGCAGCAGCAGCUGCAGCCGCCACCACCGCGGCGGCAGCGUUUCGUGGCGCCCACCUGAGGGGCCGAGGGCGGCCCGUUUACAGCGCCGUGAGGGCCGCCGUGCCUCAGCCUGCCAUCCCUGCCUACCCUGGACUAGUGUUUCAGGACUCAGUCCUUAGUCCCAGAUUGUCUCAGGGAGGCUACCCUGCUGCUGCUGCCGCCGCCGCCGCUGCCGCCUACCGCUACGCUCAGCCUGCAGCGGUAACCGGAGCAACCGCCGCAGCAGCCGCCUACAGUGACAGUUACGGUCGGGUGUACACCACAGAUCCGUACCACGCUUUAGCUCCAGCUGCUGCCGCCUACGGAGUCGGCGCCAUGGCCAGUUUAUACCGAGCGGGAUACAGCCGCUUCGCUCCGUACUAAAACCACAUCCAAGGAAUUUCUCUGCUCCGAAACCCCGUCUCCAGCUCUGCGCUCGGCAGCAGCUCCCCUCCAUUUUUCUGCAGACUCACGUGUUUUUGUUUUGUUUUGGGUUUUUGCCCGGCGUCCCUCCCUCUCUUUGUGGCGAGAAGCGUCCCUGCCACGUCUUCCCCUCGGCCCGUCCUCCUCCGUCUGUCGCUGACGUGGAAUCGAAGGAAAGGAUGUUUUUCCUUCACGCAAAAGUUGGAUCCAGCUGCUUGGAACUGCAAAGGCAGGAUUCUGGGAUCCUUUUUAAAAACACUACGUGAGAGGGGCUGCAGUUCCUGUGUGACCCAACGCACUACAGUCCCUCCCUGUCAUCCCCCGUUCCUCUAAUCUGACACACACACACACACACACACACACAGUUAGCUCGUCCCUGCGGCGUUGGACUUGACGCACAGACAGCUCCCCCAGAGUACUACAGUACACUGGUACUUGUGUUUUUGAGCACUACGACGACACGGAGCUUCUACCCACUACCGUAAUCGCAUCUGUUUAUAAAUAAAGCUAUAGUGAAAAAUC